AUGGCCGCGUUAGUCGUGGCCAUUGUGCUAGCCACUACGCUUAUUGCAACGCGUGCCGUGCACUUCACCGAGGAUGACCUAGCGUCAGAGGCGUCCAUGUGGGCGUUGUACGAGCGCUGGUGCGCGCACUACAAUGUGGCGCGGGACGUCGUCGGUGAGAAGACCUGGCGGUUUAACGUGUUCAAAGAGAACGCGCGCGUCAUCCACCAGUUCAACCAAGGCGACGACAAGCCCUACAAGCUGAGCCUCAACCGCUUCGGCGACAUGACCGACGACGAGACCCGCAGCGCCUACGCGUGCUCCAGAAUCAUGGCGCCCCACCGCAGCACGUUGGGUAGCGGGAGGCGCUGCCUGGGCGGGUUCGCGCACGGUGCCGCCGCCGUCACCGGGCAUGAUGACCUCCCGGCGGCAGUGGACUGGAGCGAGAAGGGACAUGGCCGCCGUCCGGUGUACGUGACGGACGCCAAGGACCAAGGGCAGGAUUGCGGGUGCUGCUGGGCCUUCGCGGCGACCGCGGCGGUGGAGAGCAUCAACGCCAUCAGGACGAAGAACCUGGUGUCGCUGUCGGAGCAACAGGUGGUCGACUGCGACACCAGCAACAACGGUUGCAAUGGUGGCCUGGCGACCAAGGCCUUCGACUACAUCAUCAAGAACGGCGGCAUCGCGUCCGAGAGCGCCUACCCGUACAAAGGCAAGCAGAGCUCCUGUGCCAAGGUUACUACGUCCCCCGUCGUAACCAUCGACGGUUACGAGCAGGUGCCGUCGUACGACGUGAUCGCGCUGAUGAAGGCGGUGGCGGCCCAACCCGUGGUCGUGACAGUCCAGGCCGACGAGGUACCCUUCAAGCGCUACGGAGGUGGUGUCUUCUGGGGCCCAUGCGGGACGAACCUAGGACACGCGAUGACAUUGGUGGGGUAUGGAACCACCGACUCCGGCGAAAACUAUUGGAUUGUCAAGAACUCGUGGGGUGAUAGCUGGGGCGAGAACGGGUUCAUCCGCAUGAAGCGUGAUGUAACCGCUAGGGAGGGGCUCUGCGGCAUCCUCAUGGAUGCGUCCUACCCCGUGAAGCACGCCUAG